GCAGACAGAAACAGUGAGAAACCUGUACGCAGAGAGGACAGAGGGAUUAUAAUCAUGUCAGCGUCGUGGAAGCAGCUCUUUUUUCAGAUCCUCACCCUUCUCGUUUCCUGCAGGCACAUCAAUACAAAGACACCUGGCCCGACAUCCCCUCCAGUGGAUCCCAUCAGCUCCCUGCCCACAGUUGAAAGGAGUUAUGUUCUUAAAGGUGAAAGCCACACAGAGAAAGUUGAACUGUUGAAUCCAGUAAACCUGGCACUGAUGUGUACCUGGGCUGGUACUCAGAACAAACCAUCAAACAUCAGCGGCUUAUGGAAGAAAGAUGGGGAGGAAAUUGAGAACAGCCGUGUCACAGUGGCGUUGAAAAAUGAGCAGUAUAAUCUCAAACAUACUUUCAGUAUCGUCAGUGAAGAAAACCUUGGACAGUAUUCGUGUAUUUUUGGAGAUGAAGCAAAAAUUGAUUUUGUUCUGGCAGCUCCACGGAUUGGUGAGGUGCGAGAUAAACCCAUCGUUAGCUACCUGGGGGAUUCUGCAGUAAUCCCAUGUAAAAUGGAAGAAUCUAAACCAAAACCAAACACCUGGAAGUGGUAUAAAGCAAAUGAUACAGGAAAGGAGCAGAUUUUCUCUGAGGCAGAGCCUCAAAAGUAUGGAAUCAAAAUCGAGGAAUGGAAAACCAAACUGGUGGUUCACAACCUGACAGAAGCUGACUCUGGUUUGUAUUACUGUGGAGCGGUGUACGGCAUCAGCACCACGAUGGGCCACGUGGAGCUGAAGGUGAUCAGUUUCUACGAGCCUCUGAAGCCCUUCAUAGCCAUCGUGGUUGAAGUAAUCGUCCUGGUCACUGCAAUUCUGCUCUAUGAGAAGAGUCAGUCCAAGAAAGACUACACAGCAGGAAAUGGGACCAGCGAUCAAACAAACUCACUGACACCUGGUGAAAAUACUGGACCUGAGGAAAGCUCUUCAAUGAGGCAGCGGAAAGUUUAGAUACAGCAAUAACUCCUUUAAAGCCUUUAAAACUGUCGAAAAAUAAAAAGUAUAAAGCCAUAUAUCACUAACUAUUUAAGGACUAGAAAGAAAAAAGAAAUCACCCAUUAGAGUGCAAUAACCACCUCUUAAUAAUCCUUAAAAAUCUUACACAAGUAGCUUCUUCCACAUAAAGUUUGAUUUUUCACUCUCACUGUGGGAUGUUGAUUUUAUUUUUUCAUUGAAAGUGAUAUUGUCAAACUGAAAGUGCAAAGCAUUUACCAUUUUAAAGUUCAGUUCCUGUGAGAGAAAAACACAUCACUUGGCUUUCAAUGCCUCAGUCAAAGAGAAAGUGGCUUUUUUUUCUUCAUUUUGCCACAACUUCAAUUGCUUUUGUUUUAUGCCUCAUGAUUUUUGAGCAGUGCCUUAGACACCUUAAUAGAAAAGUAACCAAAUACUCCGUCCUUACUGCAGGUUUUUGUCACCUUCCAUCUCUGUGGUGUGGUUAACAUACUGUACAUCUAUAACAUAUAUAAAGUAUCAUAUACACUGAUGCUUGUGUUUGUUUUUCAUGAACAUUUAUGGUCAGAAAAGUCACAUUGUUGUCUGUAACAUGAACGA